GCCGUGAUAAGGACUCGAAGAGUUUCCAAAUAUCAGGGAAGGGCUCCGCCAGGUUCAGUAUAAAUGCAAUUAUUCUUCAAGCAGAUAAUGGCCAUCGUUAAGAAUUAAGAUUUUGCAUCUUGGCUUUGUUUGCAUUUUCUCUGUUUUUGCUUUAUCAUACGCAUUCUUUGGAGGGAAGAUGACCAUCCUCAUUGAGAAACCUGAAAUGGAGUCACAAGUCCAGGAGAAGAGGAUUCGUUCGGAGGAGAAAGAAAUGGUGUUGGAUGGUGGGUUUCUGGCGCCGGAAAUCAAUUCAUUUGGCAAUUCAUUCAGGGACUACGAUGCUGAGAGUGGGAGGCAGAAGGGUGUGGAGGAGUUCUACCGGUUGAACCACAUCAGUCAGAGUUACGGCUUUGUGAAGAGGAUGAGAGAGGAGUAUGGGAAAUUGGAUAAGGUGGAGAUGAGCAUAUGGGAAUGCUGCGAACUGUUGAAUGAUGUGGUGGAUGACAGUGAUCCAGACUUGGAUGAACCACAGAUUGAGCACUUGCUGCAAACUGCUGAAGCCAUUAGGAAAGAUUAUCCUAACGAAGAUUGGUUGCACUUGACUGGCCUUAUUCAUGACCUCGGAAAGGUUCUUCUUCAUCCGAGCUUUGGAGGGCUUCCUCAGUGGGCUGUUGUCGGUGAUACUUUCCCACUCGGGUGCGCUUUCGACGAAUCAAUAGUUCACCACAAGUAUUUCAAGGAUAACCCUGAUAACAGCAAUCCAGCUUACAGCACCAAGAAUGGUAUUUACUCAGAGGGAUGUGGCCUAGAAAAUGUGAUGAUAUCAUGGGGCCAUGAUGACUACAUGUACUUGGUCGCCAAGGAAAAUAAAACAACUUUGCCUUCAGCCGGUUUGUUCAUAAUCCGAUACCAUUCUUUCUAUCCUUUGCACAAGGCAGGAGCAUACAAACACCUCAUGAAUGAAGAGGAUGCCGAGAAUUUGAAGUGGCUUCAGAUUUUCAACAAAUAUGACCUCUACAGCAAGAGCAAAGUAAGAAUUGAUGUUGAAAAAGUGAAGCCAUAUUAUCUCUCCCUCAUUGACAAGUAUUUCCCAGCAAAGCUGAGAUGGUGAACCUGAAGGGAGGGAGAAUUCAGAAAUCCUGGAUAAAGAGAAGAAGGCAUUUAUUUUUGGAUGUUUAUUGGAUGGGCAAUGUACAAAAUAAUGCUUUAAUUUUAUGGAAAUGGGUGUGGUGCCAUUGAUCAAUUGCUUACUAAUAGGGAUAUUUGUGUAUGUAUUGGGGUUAAUUUUCAUGUGUUUUCUGGUUUGUUAAUCAUCCAUUUUUAAGGCGAUUCUUGAAUCUCUUUUUCCCCAAUAAUUGAUUUUAUUGUUUGACCUUUUUGAGUUAAA